UCCGCCCCUCUGAGAGGAAGAGGAGGGGAGGAAGACUUCCAUAGAUUCCCUCCUCUGCCCUAAAGCACUCGGAGAGGCUGCGAUGGACGGACUGGAUCCGGACUGUUGGGUUCGGUCUGCGAGACCUCCGCUGUGUCUCCUCCCUCAGCCCUCGGGGAGCCUCUUCAUGCAGAGGGAUGAGGAGGAGGAGGAGGAGGAGGAGGAAGGAGAGCACCCCGCUGCUUGCUGCUGCUCCACAGGUUGCCAUGGUGACGUGGGUCAGGCCUCCGAAGCUCAGUGGUCCACGCCUCGACCUCCGACCCUCUACGGGCCGGCGGGGGGGGGUCCCGCGGCGCCCCGGCCCCAGACCGCGAGGGAUGGCGGUGGUCAUUGCUGGGAGGGUCUGCGGAUGGAGACCCGGGGGUCCGUCUGUGUCUGUGGGCAGAGGGGGGGGGGAGGUCCGGCCCCCUGCUGGCCUGGAUCUCCAUACGUCUACGGAGUGAGGAGGAACCUGGUGGUUGGAGUGGAGGUGGUGGAGGAGGUCGCUGUUGAAGACACUCUCGAAGUAAUAACAGAGGACAUAUACACACAUGAUCUGCUGGUUCCUGAGCUGCUGCCAAAGGCCCAGACGAACCCCACAUGAGACGCAGCGACUUCCAGCAUGUCCUGCUGUGACUGGAUACCAUGCAAACAGCUUUUAUUCAUAUAUUUGUCCAAUGUGUUUGUAUUCUUUGUAUUUGAAAAAUCACUGUUGUUCUGUAGGUCGUCUUCGACAUGGCGUGUAUCUUCUUUUAUAAUAAAGCAAAUAGAACAGAAAUAUGAUCAAAAAUACUAUUUAUUUAGAUUUUAAUUUAAAGAAAUGGAAAUAUAAUAUAACAUAACAUAACAUAAUAUAUAAUAAGCAUAAUUUAUGGACCAUAUACUGGCGGACUUCAAAUACCAGCAUGCAUCUCUUUUAAAAUGGCAUCAACAUGGUGACGUCAUAACAUCGCGCGAAAUAUAUGGCUGCUGAAAGUGUGGCGAUAACAAAACACGGAUGAUUUCGAGACAAAUCUUCUUCAAACAUCCACAAUUUGGAUAUAAAACCUCAAAAUGUCGGAACCGUUAGUAACGACAACUCUUCAGGACCGACUGGACCGUCUGCGGGAGCUGACAGAGUUCACAGAAGACUGUAAAAAGCAGCUUAACGAUGUAUUUGAAACGUUGGGAUGGUCCAAGGACUACAAGGACUACAGCCAGGAUGCAAUGGAGCAGUGUCCCUACGACUCCAACCACCGAGUCCCAGUGAGGAGCAUGGAGAAACACAAAGCCUGCUGCAGCCGCAGGAAGAUGGGCUACUGUGCUGAGGAGGAGGCGGAGAUGUUGGACACCUCUGUGUGUUAUGAGAACAACGGCGUCAGAAGCCUCACGAUGGACAAAGCCACCCAGCACCAGGUGAUCCUGCAGGCCCGGUCCGCCGCUCCGCUGAUGAGGAUGGAGGGAGUCUUCUGGCAAGGUCAGUACUCGGGUCAGCCCGUCGACGUGCCUCAGAACCACAAGCGCGCCGUGUGCGACCUCACCGUGGCCGACCGACUGGCUCUGUACGACCACGUGGUCGACGUCCUCGGCCAACAGAAGGAAGGCGUCGCCUCCGGCAACGAGGACCUCUACGUCGACCUGGUGUCCAAGCUGCAGAAGGAUGAGGAGCAGAACGAGCCAAAGACUCACCUGGAGCUCAUGGCAGAGAUGCGGGACUACAAGAGGCGGCGUCAGUCCUACCGGGCCAAGAACGUUCACAUCACCAAGAAGUCCUACACCGAGGUGAUCAGGGAGGUGAUCAAUGUCCACUCGGGGGAGCUCACCAGGCAGUGGAAAGAAGAAGAGCGAGAGGAGGAGGCCAGCAGAUCUGAACUCUCCUCGCAGAGGCGGCGGCCGGACGAGAAGCGCUCGGCGUCGUCGGAGUCUCGGCGCUCGCACAGCCGACGGCGCCGCAGCCGGGAACGAAGCCAAGACCGAGAGAGCAAAAAGAAGAGGAAGAAGAGAGAGAGGGAUUCCGGCUCUCCGGAUGAACACCACCGGAAGAAGAAGAAGAAGAAGAAGAGAGAGGAGAAGGAGAAGUGAUGCAGUUGGAUCAGAUAAGGGUCAAAGGUCAUUGGGGCCCCGACUGCUUAAAAGGUGUUGCACAUGAACACAUUUUAAUUUCAUAAAUAAGGAGAUUUUGUAAGAAAAAAUAAAGUUUUGAUAUAUACAUUUUUUGUGCUUGAACAUGUCCCGCCCCCCCGCCUCUGCCUCAUUGGCGGGGAGCGGUUUUCCAAUGCAGACCACAUGGAAUGUUGGUCGGGAGUGUCAUAGCUGGCACACUUUCACCACAGGGUCAAAGGUCACUCCUGUUAUAGGCUGUGUUCACACAGUGAAAACACUUUUAAUUUGAAAUUCUGGUGUCUUGUUAUUAAUGUUUGAUAACUUAACAGUUUCAUCUUUAGUUCACAGCAGUUUGAAGUUCAUUCUCACUCAUUUAAAUGUAAUUACUUUCAAAAUCCAAUUGCUUUCAAAUCUUUUCCAUCUUAAUAAACGUUUUAAUGUAGGAGAAUAUAUUUGAGUCAUUUGAGCACCAAGGAUUUAGAUCUCUAGUUUACGUUUCUGUUUCAGUGGAUUCACACAAGUUGCAAAUUGUCUUUUCUGCACAAAUGAUGUUCUUGUCAAAUGAUAUGUUUUAACAACAGAUUAAUAAGCAAAUGAAUCGUUUUUGUGGAUAUUUGAGAUAUUAAAAUGAUCCAGAUGUUAAAAUA